AUGCAGCGAGCCGGGCCGGGGGCUCCGCACGCCGGGCUGCGGCCGCAGGGACAGCGCCGAGGGGGCUCCGGGGGCAGCGCAGCCCCCCCCAGGCGGGAAAAGCGCCUCGGCGCGGCGCGCGUGCGCAGUGGCGAGAGCCGAGCCAGGGGAGCUUCGGCUCUUCUCGGCAGGUUCCGUAGGCGGGAGUCGCCCCGCCCUGAGGCCUUCGGCAAUCUCCGCCCUUCCUUCGGGUAUCUCCGCCCCCACUUCGGCAGUCUCCACCCCUCCUUCGGUAAUCUCCGCCCCCGCUUCGGCUACCUCCGCCCUCCCUUCGUUAAGUUCCGCCACCACUUCGGCAACUUCCGCCGUUCGGUCGGAAAUGGCCGAAGACGUGCGAGACCCAGCGGUUUAAGGGGAGAAGACCGGCCGGCUUUUCGGAACAAACCAACUGUGUCCGGCCCGGAGGGGGGGGAGCAGGGGAGGGCGGACGGAGCGGGAAGACAAGGCAGCGGCUAUGGCUCCCCCCCCAGCCCCUCGCGGCUCCGCCGGGAGGGCGAAGUGAGGGCGCCGAGAGGCUCCAGACAGAUGAGUAGGGAGCUGGCCACAGAAGAGGAACACAUUCCAGUUUUCCAGCUGAUCGCCCUGUACAAGCGUUGAUGUGCUGGGUGACCUCUGCAGAAACAAUCCCGCAGAAAAAGUGCAGUUAAUGGGCCCAGGAGAAAAGACCUUGAGAUCAGAGCUGGGAGAAAGAAGAGAAGUGGUGGAGGAGUCGAUGUGUGACAUGGAACGGGCCUGAGCUGAGGAGCUGAGGGA